AUGGCCAAUCCAGAUGAUUUGUUGAUUCAUAUAACGUUUAAAAAUCAUCCGCUCUACGCCCACUCAUCUGUAAUAUCGUUGAAAGCUCUGCUAGGUCUUGCAUUGGGCAAACAUACGAAACAGUCGUCAACAAUGUCGCCCUUUGGGGCUGAAUAUGCAGUGGACGGCAACAGAGGUACAGACAUUUACCAAGACAAGUGUACACACACAUGGGAGGGCGACACCAAUCCUUGGUGGAGGGUGGAUCUACUGACUGUUUAUUCCAUCAAAUCUGUCAGAAUACUCAACAGAGGAAUAGACCAUAAUGGAGAUUUGUCAAACCGGCUAAGAGGUGUCACCGUCACUGUAGGGCUGACUGAAUCAGACGUCAACACUCCCUGUGGUUUCUUUCCUGGCCCCGGUACUGCGUCACAGCUGGUCGUCAUCGACUGUCCGACGUCACCACAGGGGAGAUUCGUAAAGAUCUCCAAGAUAACUGAGUAUCUCACUCUUUGUGAAGUUGACGUGUUCGGCGUAUCCGUAUAA